AAAGAAUGGGUUUUAUUGAAAUUAUUCAAAGUCUUGAACAUUUUCUUUUCAUUCAAAAUAUAUGGCUCUAUUCUUCGUUUUAUUCAAACUCAAAUGUCAUCAACUUAAAUCCUUAUAUGCCUAUAUAUAUAAACUGAUUUCACAAGCUUAUAAGUCACAAUCAACUUCAUAAAUCGUUUACAUUUUAUUUUAUUUAGUGUUUGCAUGCCAAAAAAAAAUGCUCUUCUCCAUAGUUUUUGCUCUCGUGGUCGGAUUAUUCGUCCACCUUUAUGUUUCUCUCGUAUUUAAGCCGCAAAACAUUCGCAAAAUCUUGAGGCAACAAGGACUUAAUGGCCCCCCUCCAACAAUCCUCGUCGGAAACCUACUCGAAAUCAAGAAGUCUCGUGCAGCCGCUGCCGAGAAAACCCUCGUCCGCCACCCUCAAUCGCCGCCACUCACCCACAACACCGCCGCCGUUUUUCCCUUUUUAGAGAAUUGGAGAAAUCAAUACGGUCCAGUGUACACGUUUUCGCUUGGUAAAACGCAAAUAGUGUACGUGAGUAAUCCCGAUUUGGUGAAAGCGAUAACCACGUCGACGUCACUCGAUUUCGGGAGACCUUCUUACCAGCAGAAAGAACUCGGCCCUUUACUCGGACACGGCAUUUUGACCUCGAAUGGUUCCGUAUGGGCUCGACAGAGGAAAAUCAUGGCUCCUCAAUUAUUCAUGGACAAAGUCAAGGGAAUGAUGAGCAUAGUAACCGAGUCGGCUUUCACGGUGGUGAAUUCAUGGAGGAACAAAAUCGAGGCUAACGAUCAUGGAGGAGGAUUAGUUCUUGAUAUAGCGGUCGACGAUUAUAUGAAACGAUUUUCGGGCGACGUAAUAUCUAGAGCAUGUUUUGGUAGUAGCUAUUCCAAAGGGCAAGAGAUUUUCUUGAAGCUUGGAUCUCUCCAAGAGAUUAUAUCAAAGAAAACAAUGUCUAUUGGCAUUCCAGGAUUAAGAUAUCUUCCUACAAAGAGCAAUAGAAAAAUAUGGGAGUUAGAGAAAGAAAUCAAAGGAUUGAUUUUAAAGGUGGUGAAGGAAAGAAGAGAAGGAGAUGGAUACGAGAAGGAUCUAUUGCAGAAGCUUCUAGAAGGUGCGAAGAGUGAUUAUGCUAACUCGGACGAGAUCGAUCGGUUCAUUGUAGAUAACUGCAGGAACAUCUACUUGGCUGGUUUCGAGACAUCCGCUGUCUCCGCUUCUUGGUGUCUCAUGUUGUUGGCUUCGAAUCCCGAGUGGCAAACAUGUGUUAGAGACGAGGUUGUCGAAGUCUGUCAGGGUCGGAUUCCCGACCCUGACAUGCUCCGUAAGAUGAAAAAGUUGAAUAUGGUGAUUCAAGAAACGAUGCGCCUCUACCCUCCGGCACCUACCCUAUCGAGGGAGGCGUUGAAAGAUAUAAACAUAGGCGGUAUACAUGUCCCACGAGGCGUCGGUCUUUGGACAAUGGUGUCCACACUGCAUACGGACACCGACUUGUGGGGCCCAGACGCGCUCGAAUUUAAACCUCAAAGGUUCGAGAAUGGAAUCGCCGGAGCAUGCAAGAGCCCGAACUCGUACAUGCCGUUCGGGUUCGGGCCUCGGGUCUGCAUCGGUCAACACCUGGCUAUGGUCGAGCUCAAGAUGCUGAUGUCACUCAUUUUGUCUAGUUUCUCCUUCACUCUCUCUCCUAAAUAUGUGCACUCACCAGUUAUGAGGAUGAUGGUAGAGCCUAAGUAUGGAGUUGACAUUUUGAUCAAGAAGCUGUGA